ACGUGGCGACGCACCCCUCUCUCCUCCCGCUCAUAAGCGCAUUGUAAACAAAGUUAGCUUGUGGUGAAAUUGAAGCUUGCGGCGGGAUUUGAGGUGAACCGAGCUUCUGAGGGGAACCUGGUUUCUUAUCUGAGAGUCGAGAGAGGAGCUCGUGCUUUGACGUUGACGCUCAAAGCCUUUUCUCACUGCUGCCAGCAUGGCCACAGCUGUGGAGGACACCAGUGUGCUGGAGGAGGAGCUGACGUGCCCUGUCUGUCUGGACCUGUACCGUGACCCCCGGCUCCUGCCAUGCGGCCACAACUUCUGCCUGCCGUGCCUGCGGAAGCUGAAGGGGCGCUCGGAGCGAGGGCGUCUGCGCUGUCCAGAGUGCCGGCAGAGCCACAGGUGCUCGGCGCCGUGGCAGAAGAACUUCAAGCUCGCCAAUAUUGCUGAUGGUUUCCGGCGCCGCAGUCGGGCCGAACGCCCUGUAUCCGGCAGGCAGAGCCCCACCCACAGGACUGAGGGGGUGCGCUGUGAUUACUGUCCCCCAGAGCCUAUGGAUACGAGCAAAGGGUCUGCAGCGGUGAAGACGUGUCUGAAGUGUGAGGUGUCUAUGUGUCCGGAGCACGUGCAGCCCCACCUGGAGCUCCCAGCUUUCCGGGAGCACCCGCUGGUGGAGCCACUGCGUGAUAUGAGACAGAGGAAGUGCGCAGAGCAUGACGAGAUGUUCCGUUAUUAUUGCGUGGAUGAACGCACGUUUCUCUGUAACGCGUGCACCAUAGAGGGAGGCCACAGUGGACACAGCAUCAAAACACUCAAGAACACCAUGAGGGAUAUGAGGGCCUCUCUGGACCUGGAGCUGCAGAAGGCAGACCGGAAGAUCAGAAGAGUUGAGAGAAACUUGCAGGACCAAACUGAGGUGGAGCGUCAGAACAAGGCCUUCAUGGAGGAGGCUGAGCGGCGGGUGGACACCUUAAGAGGCACCCUGAGGACCCGGCUGGAAGGUUUUCUGUCAUCACUGUGCGAGAGUUUGCACACCCACGAGGCAGAACACAGCCUCAGCGUCCAGCAGAACCUAACUCGUAUAGCUGAGGACCGCAGCCGCCUAGCAGACGUCCACACAGGCGUCGAGCGGCUGCUACAGGAGCAUGACCCCUUCCAGUUCAUCAAGGAGUACAGUUCAUGUGCCAAAAGGUACCGCCGGCUUCUGAGAAGGCCUCUGUUUCUGGCGCACAGCAUGCCGAUUGAUAUGGACUCUCUGGGGGCGAUGAUGGAAGGCAGAAUGGAGGAGUUUAUGACGGACAUGCGGCAACAGAUCAUCUCACUCAUCGACACUCUGUGUACUGGUGACGACGGAGACGAGGGAGUGGAAGACGAAGAUGAAAGUGAAGAGAGUGACGAAAACGAGGAUGACGGCAGUGAGGAGGAUGGGGAGGAAGAGGAGGAGAUGAGGAGUGAAGAGGAGGAAGAGCAGGACCACAGCGAGUCUACUGAUGAAGACUAUACCCCUGAGGAGGACGAGGAGGAGGAGGAUCAGUAAUACGAGUGUCCUGCACUCGUAAGCACUUUUCUGCAAUGUUGUAAUUCAGAACAGCUGCUGAACGUCACGCAGCUCAACCUCUGCUUUGUUCUUUAAUGCGCUUGUUUACUAAAAUACUCUGUAUGUAAAAUUCUAUAUUAAAUCACACCACUUUAAAGACGUAUCUAAGCAUGUACUUCCCAGUCUGGCCAGUAGGGAAGCCUGCAGUGAACUCUUAAGUAACUUCAGUCUGGCGUUGCUGUUUAGAGUUCGCGUGUGAAUGAGAGUGUGUUCAUAUAUGCAUGUAUGUAGACUCACACAUGCACAAGCUUGAAGAUUUAAAAAAAAGUUAUAUUUUUGUUAUUAUGCUGCAAUUAACAACAGUUUGGUGUAGAACUGCUUUAAGGGAUUAAAUGCUGUGGACCAGUUUCCCAGACCUAGAUCAAGCCUAAGGAAUUUUCAGUGGUUCUUCACCAUCGGCACUGCUAUUUAGUCCAAGACUAGGCUUAAUCUGUGUCAGGAAACUGGCCCCUUUGGGAAUUAUACUACAGUGCUGUGCUGUCCGACUCAACUGCCCACUUUUUUGGUAACAGUGCUACUGAAGAAUAGCUCUGUUUUCUAACCAAAGCAAUGAAUGUAACUACUGAAUAAUGUUUACACUCACUGAAUGUGAGCUGCACCGUUUAGAACUGAAUUUCUCAGUCAGUGGGGUUUCUUUUUAGUCUGAAACUGGACUUAAUGUUGUGAAAUACAUGAACAGAAGUGUUUCAUAUCUGACUGGUUAGUAUCUCAGGGUGCGAGAGACAUUUAUAUCAAAAAUAUAUUUGCACUGGAUUUUUUUUUACCAGUUAUAAUUUUGUUUAAUGAUAAUGUUAACUAUUUUUAUAGUGUACUUGGAAAAAAGAAUUAAAUAAAAGUGCUCUGUCUUGUCAGAGA